UAGUACGUUGUGAAAGUAUAAGGCUGAAUUUGGCUGUGUUUGGCUGUUUUUAAAGGCCUUUCAAGACUAAGUAGUAGAGGUGUGGCUUAGAAUUGAUCGAAAAAAUGAUGCAAGUUUUGUAGAACAAGUUAUCAAGAGGAAACCAAUGUUAAUAUGGAGAACGAAGAUGGUCAGUUCGUAUACACCAUCCAUGGUGUCAAAGUUUCGUUUCCUUGUAAGGCAUAUCCAACUCAGCUAUCUAUGAUGAACAUGAUUAUCAAAGGGAUUGAAAGGCAUCAGAAUUCAUUACUUGAAAGUCCAACGGGAAGUGGAAAGAGUCUGGCCUUGCUUUGCUCUUGCUUGGCUUGGCAAUCUGCAGAAUAUGAAAAGAAGGCAAAGAUUGAAGAACAAAUGAAAGCUGAAGUAGGGAAUGAUGAAUGCUGUAUUAAGACCUGCCAUGAUGAACAAAAGCCGCUUCCAACAGAUCCAGCACAUGUCAUCAAAAGUGAGUAUUUCCACCAAAAUAAUUCCAAUCUUCAUGAAAAAAUUUCUUCAGAAACACCACUGAAAACAGAAACAGCAGCUACUCCGAAGAAGAUGCCAGAGCAAAGUGAGUCACUACCUGGUAGAGAUAUUGAGUCUAGAAGCCCAACCGAUGAUGAUUUUCAAACAGCCAAGAAGCGCUUCAGAACUCCAGGCAAUAACCAGACUGUGUCGUCAUCUAAAAAGAGGCGUGUCCAGCCAAAUGCCAGACCCUCAGGUGAAGAUGAAGCUGAUCAUGAGCCUCCAGAGUGGACCAUGGAGCUAACUACAGACAGAGAAAGGCAAAAUAUUUCAUCAAGUUCAGCUGCAAAUGUUCCUGACAAAAAAGACAAGUCAUCACCUGAUGAUAGUGGCAAGAGUGACACAAAAUCAGAAAGACUAAAGAUUCCAAAAAUCUUUUUUGGAACAAGAACGCACAAGCAAAUUGCUCAGAUUUCGAGGGAGCUCAAGAAGACUGUCUACAAACACGUCAAGAUGACUAUACUUUCCAGUCGAGAGCAUUCUUGUGUUCAUCCAGUGGUUUCCAAAGGUAAAAGCAAGAAUGAAGAGUGUAAAAAGCUGCUGGAUGGUUCAGAGGGCACGGCCUGUAGAUACUAUCAGAAAGUUCACACCAUUCGGAGUCAAACCAGCUUGAGAUACCAUGGCCUGUCUGUUGCCUGGGAUAUUGAAGACUUGGUCACUCUUGGAAGCCAGAUUAAGGCUUGUCCAUAUUAUGCUGCAAGGGAGUUAAUGAGAGAAGCUGACAUCAUUUUUUGCCCAUAUAACUAUCUCAUUGAUCCAAAAAUCAGGAUGCAGAUGGAUAUUGAUCUCAAGGACCAGAUUGUUGUUCUAGAUGAAGCACACAAUGUUGAAGACUCUUCAAGAGAGGCAGGCAGUCUUACACUGACAACUGUAGAAUUACAGAACACUCUGGAUGAACUUGAUAAACUAGUGCAAAUGCGGGUUUUAACAGAACACCAUCAACCUUUACAUUUGAUGAUUGGGAGUUUUCUGCGAUGGAUCCAUGAGAGUUCUGCAGAAUUGAAAGAGAGAGGCUUUGAGCAGUCUUCUAAAGUGUGGUCUGGAAUGGAAAUCGUCGCUGCAAUGGAGAAACAAGCAAUCACACCUGGAACUUUCUACAUAUAUUUUGACCAUUAUAUGUACAUAAUGGCAACCAUAAAGGACCCAACCAGAUCAAAUGACAUGCCAACCCUGUCCACUCAUAGUCAAAGUCUGCUGGAAGGGAUAUUCCUCAUUGGGAAAUAUAUGAUGGAAAAUGAUAUGCAAUAUAUUUCUGAUUACAGAUGUGCAGUACUGAAAACAUCAGUCAUGGUUAGGGAUGUAGUUUUGCCUGGAGGAUGGAGACGAUCCCAUGGAGGGGCUAGAAAGGAAUGGACGCAAUCGUUGAACUUUUGGUGCUUAAACCCUGCAGUGGUAUUAUCAGAGCUUGGCUCUCAGGCUCGUUGCAUUGUGCUGACGUCUGGGACUCUUUCACCGAUGGCGUCAUUCUCGUCUGAGCUUGGAAUCAAAUUCCCAAUCCAGCUGGAGGCAAAUCAUGUCAUUGCUAAUUCACAGGUCUGGGUUGGGACUCUGUCGUCAGGACCAAGUGGAUCAGCUAUCAAUGCAAGUUAUCGCAGUGCAGAGACCUUCACUUUUCAAGAUGAAGUUGGCAAAGUUCUACUUCAUGUUUGCGAGACAGUGCCUCAUGGAGUACUCUGUUUCUUUCCAUCUUAUAACAUGUUGGACAAGCUGAGCAAACGUUGGCAGUCAACAGGUCUGUGGUCAAAGCUCGUGGAUAGAAAAGUACUUGUCAGUGAGCCACGAAGUGGGGACAAAUCAGAUUUUGAUGACAUUAUGCACCAGUUUUACCAUGCUGUAAGAGUAAGUGAAGGCGAAGAAAGUAACGCGCAGCAAGAUUCUGAUGACGAGUCAUGUGUUGAUGGAGGGUUGUUCUUAGCAGUUUGUCGGGGAAAAGUGAGCGAAGGACUCGACUUUGCUGAUAAUAAUGCCAGAGCGGUAAUUACGAUUGGAAUUCCUUUUCCAAAUGUGAAAGAUGUCCAGGUGGAACUCAAACGAAAAUACAAUACGCAAUAUUCAGCCAGCCGAGGACUGCUAACGGGAAGUGAGUGGUAUGAGAUCCAAGCCUACAGAGCAUUAAACCAGGUUAGCCUCACAUGGGACAUUUAG